AUGGAUAAUUUAAAACAACAAGUUAUGGUCAGUCAGUUUGUUCAUGCAGCAGGGUGUCACGCGGAACAAGCAAAACAGUUCCUACAGGCAGCAGGAUGGCAUUUCGAGGCAGCAUUGAGUAUGUUUUUUCAAGAAUCCUCUGUACCUACAAUCUCACAUUGUCGAACAUGUAAUCGAAAUCAUACAAAUGGAAACUAUCCGCUGUGCACGCCAGCCAACACUCCAGCCACCCCACCCAAUUUCCCUGAUGCCUUAGUGGCGCUUGCUAAACUGACAACAGGAGACAGCAGCAAAGUGUUUGGUGCCCCAGGACAUGCCCAUUCUCACGCAUUCUCACCACCAUCAUCACAGCCCCCUCAACAAAACAUGGCUCACUCCCCUAAAAGUAUGCAGAUCGGGGCCAAUGGCAGAUAG